UCUUGAAUCAUCCUCCACCAUCCCGUUACAUGAUAUUUGGAGAGACCCGGCUAUCCUCCGGGGAACUCCUGGACAACAGCUGAACGGCAGGGCGUGGAGGAAUUCGUCAAGGAAAACCGUGGAUUCCCAUCAAAAGCCAUGUCCAACUCAAUGGAGGCCAGGCCUCUGACAUCGGCCUUUGAGAGUCCAACCUUUGGCGAAGACAGCACCUUCCAUGUGGAACAGCCGGUUGGUUCUAUGUCCAUAUCGCCAUGUGGACGCGAUGUAGUAUUGGCGUCAAAGGAGGGUCUCCACAUCAUUGAUCUCGAUUCUCCGUACUCGCCGCCUCGGUAUCUCCCACACCAUACUCCAUGGGAGGUCGCAGACGUUCAGUGGUCGCCGUUUGCGGCUCGCGAUUAUUGGGUUGUGAGCACGUCGAAUCAGAAAGCUCUGGUGUGGAACUUGGCUAUGAAUACUUCGCAAAAUUCCAUUGAACAUGUAUUGCACGCUCAUUCCCGAGCUAUAACCGAUAUCAACUUCUCAGCCCACCAUCCGGACGUUAUCGCAACAUGCUCUGUCGAUAGUUUUGUUCACAGCUGGGAUUUACGAACGCCCUCACGACCAGCUAUUACGUUUUCCGACUGGUUUGCUGGGGCUACCCAGGUUAAGUGGAAUCGACAAGACCCUCAUGUCAUCGCAAGUUCACACGAUAGAUUCCUUCGAAUAUGGGAUGAUAGGAUGGGGGCAAUUCCGAUUCGAUCUAUUGAAGCGCAUAAUACCAAAAUCUACGGCGUUGACUGGAACCGCGUACGUCCCGGCGCUUUAGUGACUUGCUCACUGGAUAGGACUGUCAAGUUCUGGGACUAUACCGCGGAACGCGACGUACCGGAGAAGUUGAUCAGGACUCCAUUCCCUGUGUGGCGUGCAAGGAAUACUCCGUUUGGAUGGGGCGUGCUGGCCAUGCCCCAAAGGGGCAAUAGCGACCUCCAUCUGUAUAGUCGCAGAUCCGGAGAACAACCCGGUCCAACGACCGAUGAGCUCCCCUUGGUACAUAGCUUUCCAGGGCACAAGGGUCAGGUUAAGGAAUUUCUUUGGAGACCUCGAGGCGGGGUAGUAAAUGAGACCGAUCACCGGGAAUUCCAGCUUGUUUCUUGGGGAUCAGAUAAGGAGCUUCGCUUACACAGGGUGCAACCCGAUGUCUUGCGGCGUGUUGGCUACGAGAAAGGGAAAUCAUUCAUUCAUAACUUGAAUGUCACUCGUUCAGGCGCAGUCUACAAAACUUUUCGUGAUGGCCCGGAAGAUUUUGAUGGCACAGGCUCUGGUCUAUCAGCCGGCUCGCAGCCGCGUUUUCCCGAUGGCACUGGGGUGAACAACACCAUCUCAAUGCCAUAUUCUCGUACUUGGGGUGGAAAUGUGGACUCAAGAGUAGGCAUGCGGGGUAAAACUACUGUCAGGACUGAGACCAAUCCCAUUGCGUGGAUGCGCGGCGUCAAGAUAGCGGGGUGGGACAUCGAAACACUAGGAGACGAAAUUUCGCACGUCGGGGAAAAGUUCACCAAAGUUGUUUUCGAAUCCGUUGAUGUGAGGCAGCGAAAGGCGACAAUAUCAUUGCAUGGACCGUGGGGUGCAGAGAGUGCAUCCCUUUUCUUGAAAGCGGAUAUCAAGUUUCCGGUCGAGUACCCUAGGGCGUCGAUACCGAUUUUCAACAUUCAAAAAACAGCAGCCGUUACAGAUCAGCUCGCUACCAGGCUGGUCUCAGAUUUGAAAACCAUUGCAGAAUCUUAUCUAUCUCGUAAGAGAGGGUGUCUUGAAGGAGCCGUCCGUUACCUUCUAGGCGAAAGUACUUUGGAAGAAAGUAUUGCAUGGAUUCAAGGAGAAACUGCCGAGACAGUGAAAUCGCCUGUCAACGGUGGGCUGGGAGGCGAUGACUCGAGCGAUGAAGACGAAGUCGGGCUGUCGCAUAGCCAGGAUCUGGGAAUGAGCUCAGAGCUCCUUAGGCCGGUUAAUGCCAACGUGAUGGUGCCAGUUGCCAAAGCCUGCGGUGCGCUCUGGGCGAAUGACGGUCGCUUAGUAUGCUUCUUUCCACCAAAGAAGGACAAGUCGGCAACCAUGCUCGAAACCUUGGGGUUCAAGGAGAUGACAAGGCUGUCUAGAUCUGAUAAGGUUUUCGAGGGAUUUGGUCGCCUUCAGACCGCAUCUCCCGGGCCUCGAAUAACGGGUACCAUAGCAAGCACUGAUGAUGGCGUCUCAGAAUAUUCCGACGAGUCAGACACCGAAUCAUCAAGUUCUUCGGGCUCAUCUGACAUGUUGUCGUCGGGAUUGCCAGCCCGUUUCCCGGCUCCUCAAACAUGGCGCAGCGCAGGUAGUCUUGGGUUCCAUCGACCCAGGUCAACGGACAAUUCACAGAGAUCAAUUGGCGGUAGUGGACAUAUCAAGCCUUCCGAAGCUUCGCAGACCGUGGUGUCAAUUCAUGAUUUUAGCAGUCUCCUACCAGCGAAACGCGAGCUGGCGAGUAAAUACCGGAUAUGCGGCAAGAGCGUGGAUGUCUGUGCCCAUAAUGCUUCGGUGGCCCUUGAUUCCGGAUAUCACGAGUUGGCCCAGAUUUGGGGCCUUGUCAAACUGAUAUUGCUCAAUCAGCAAAGCCCAGGGUUCGAAUCUGAACACGGAAUCUUCCAGCGCCGUCCCUUCAGGUCCACGCAAAGAAAAGAUAGCGUUGUUGACACGAGCUUCGACGCCCCAAACCCAAUCCAGUUUCUCAACAGAGCAGCAGGGAAAGGCCUUCAAUGGGGUAAUCACCCUUUCGGUCGGUCUUGGCUUAUCCCAGCUCUGUUCGAUCAUUUCGAGCGCAUUGGUGAUGUACAAAUGGUUGCUAUGCUCUCGUGUGUCCUUCAUGAAUCCAAUAGCGAGGGAAACCUCACUCGUGAUCAACGUGGGUACGGUGGAUUAACUCCCAGGCGCACGGAGCCUCUUUCUUCAUUGGAUGCUCCUUCUGAGACCGCGGCCGCGCAAAGAAAAUCCCAAGAAGCAAUUACGCCUGUCGGUUCAGCGUCAAAGGAAAGUCACAUGUUACCCGCGGCACAGAGCUCUGGACGUUCGUCAAGCGAAACUUGGCGCGGUACCUCCCCACCCUAUUCGACAGGCACGACUCCUCCUGCAACCUCUCGACCAGGUGCCAUAUCUGCAGACAGGAAGCAUGCGAGUCAGACGGUUUCAAUCGCGACAUCUCCGGAUCAACAAUCACAGCCACGCAGUAGCUCCGGUAUUGGUUCAGUUUUGGCCUCCUCGCUUUCUCGAUCUUUCACGUUUGGCCCGUCGUCAGCCUCUCCUCCAACUAGUGUCUUUGGUAGGAAAAAGCAAAGCCCAAGCGGCAGUCCCAAUGCGCCCAUUGCAUGGCCCAGUGGCGCGUUCCCCGCGAAGGCUGCGGCGAAUAGUACUGACCAUCUGAUGGUCCCGACUGCACUCAAUUCGCAAACACACUCUGAUGCAGGGAGCGAAAAUACCCAGGCUGUCCCCAAACAGCAAGCGAGGCUCAAAGUUAGCAUGAAAAAUCAAGGAGCUUUUGACAACGUAGGGCCUUCUCAAGACUCGUUUUUGGAUCCCAAGAAGGAUUGGCUCUACAGGUCGUAUCGUACAACCUAUUCUCGUUUGCUUUCCAUUUGGGGACUACCAGUUCAACAGAGCGAAGUCCUUAAAAUCGGUGGGGUUAUCGAAUGUGAUUCCAGUCACCGUCGUGCUAGAGCAUCAUUCUCAUUUCCAACCUUGGUCCGCAGUGACUCGGAGUCCGCUGAAGACAACCCGGGAAACCAAGGCCUCGAAAUCCAGCGACAUUGUUCCAGAUGUGGUCAUUCUCUUCAGAUGUCAAUUUUCUCAGUACCACCUUCGAUUGAAGCAUCAGCGGAAGCAAAACCUUCCGAAGGAACUAGCGUUACCUGUCCGAAUUGCAGGCCCAAACAGUCACUCCCCAUCAGCCUCCCUUGUGUAAUCUGUGGAGAGGUGAUAGAGGGGAUGCUCAUCCCCUGCCUUAAUUGUGGCCAUGUGAGUUGCUUUACCUGCCACCAGGCGUGGUUCUCGAAGACCUCGAGCCAAAGCGGCGAAGACAAGACUACUACAACACCCGGACAGGAGCAGGAAUUUCGAUCCUGCCCUAGCGGUUGUGGCUGUAUCUGCUCUGAACACAUAACGGUCAAAAUUCCAGUGCCCUGGACCUCGCCAACUCCCAGCCAUUCACGUGAAAGGUCUCUAGAUAGGCCACGCAGCGGACCGGCUGAUUCGUCAAGAUUAUCCAGUGACCUUUUCCCCAGAGAUGAACAGCACGAAGGGGAUAUCGAGUUCUGGCGAGCAUCGCCUUUUGCAUCCCUUGCACGGGGUCUUGGUGGUGGAAUAAGUCGGGGAUUUCGCAAAGACGACAGACGCUUGAGAUCGAAGUCGACCAGCUCACACAGUACCUUGGCGUUUGUACCGAGGAGGAGUGCAAUGAACCAAGUGGAAAACACUUGAUUGUGAUGAUGUGGCGUUCCUAUUGCAUGGACUUUUAUUUUUCUUCUGUAUUCCUUUCUCGCGCUAUUUGAUUAUACCCCUGUUCUCGAAUCGUUUGUUGCAUCUGAUUAUAUCCGUGAUUUAUAAGCAUGGUGUGGGCGUCUGGCGCUGUUUCUUGUACUGCCUUUCUGAGUACAUACUCCCCUUUUGGCUUACUGGUUUCGAGAUAGGUUGAUUGAUACCAUAGGUCAUGGUGAACAGCAUCUAGAAUUGCAAUCGCAUCUCUUCUAAUCAGAUGUGUGAGCUGAACGUUUAUUCUAACUAAGCUACGAAGAUGACUAUCUUUUUUCCACUAUGUAUGCUAUUGAUACAGUAUCAUCAGCAGUACCAAUGCACCCUAGCUAAGUUCGCAUAAUACCUCUGUUCCGAUGGGGUUGAAUUAUGUAUAAAGAAGAUAAGUAGAAAGCUCCAAGUGUGUUAAGAGCAUGUGGUAAUUCUGCAAGGCCUAGUCCA